CUCAGAAUAAGUUUCCACCUCCGACAGAACACAACAAGCUUUGACAUGACAUGAAAAUAACGCUUUAGUUUUACAUCUCUUCUUAGGAUUCCAGAAACCAUUCAGAGUCGUCUGGCAUACUUUCACCUUUUUCAAUGGUGAAAAACUGAUUUAUAACCAAAAUAAUGAGUAGCAUUUUAUGUUUCCGGCUUGAAAUUAAGGUGUUACAAUCUUAAAAGUACAAAGCCAUAAAGCGGAGAUCAAGUCGGACUAAGCUUUCCAAAAUGUACCCCAACACCUCUACAGUCAUACACCGUCAGUACUUGACUUUCCAGUACUAUCUUUUCCCAUCGGUGUACAUCCCCGUGUUGAUUUUCGGACUAAUUGGAAAUCUGGGAGCUUUGUAUUACUUCAUAUUUAAAAUCAAACAAAGGUCCCCUUCUAACGUCUACAUCGUGAACCUCGCCGUGGCCGAUACGCUUUUCCUGUGCACCUUGCCGUUUCGUAUCCACUACCAUGUGAACGAAAGCAAAUGGGUGUUUGGAGACGCCAUGUGCCUCAUCACCGGCACGCUCUACUUCGCCAACAUCUACAUCAGCAUCACAUUCAUGACCUGCAUCUGCGUGGACCGCUACAUCGCCACCUUGCACCCUCAUACCUACCUGCAGCUUCGCAACAAGGGUGUCGCCACGAUGGUGAGCGCUGGGGUUUGGGUGAUCUCUGGGGCCGCAAUGUUGGCAUUUAUGUUAAACUGUCCAGGCCGGACUAAUAAGGUAACAUGUUUUGAGGACCUCUCUCCGGAAGAUUGGAACAACUUGGCACCCUUCACUGCAUGCUGUAUUAUUUUUGGGUAUCUCUUGCCUUAUGUGGUCAUAUUGGUGUGUUACCCCAUCGUGGCACGCAGGAUCGGUCGAAUUAAUAACAACACUGCCCGUGGGGCAAGGAGGAUCAUCUACGCAAUCCUGGCUAUCACGGUUGUUUGUUUUCUACCGUAUCACAUCGUGAAUUUAGUUUAUCUCCUGUCACGCAUGAGAUUGAUCGCCGUUGAUGUUUGGAUCCCUCGGAGAGUGACCAUGGCUCUGGUCAGUCUAAACAGCCUACUGGACCCGGUGUUGUACUACUUUGCUACCGGUCACUACAAGUGGAGGAUGAAAAGAUUGAGGUUUAGGAAGAAAAAGGGGGUGUAUUCAAUAUCCAAAGAUUUUUGAGAUGACGGAUUGACCGAAAGCAGGUGUAAAUCUUGCCAUUUUUUGUCUGUAAAACUGAAAACUGAAAAUCACAUUCAAUUCUGUGUACUAAUUUAGAAGAAAAAAUAAGGGGUUUUCAAUGGUCCACACUUUAAGAAAAAGUAACGUUAAUAUGGUAACAUUACACUGUAUAAAAAGAUUUGUUGGUUUAACUUAAAAAGAUUAAGUUAUCUGGUUGUCUUAAAUUUUUGAGUUACUUCAACUUAAAAAAAUAUUAACUAAAAAAAAGAAUUUGUAUCAACUAUUUUUUUUAAGUUGAAUUAACGCAACCAGGUAACUUACUUUAUUUAAUUGAACAAACUUUUUUCCAUACAGUGAAGUGAGAUUACUCACUUGGUACCAAAAAGUACCUCUACACUGUAAAAAAAAAGUAAAACAAUUAGGUUUUUACGGAGCCCGCAAGGGGACAUGGAGCAAAAAUUAAAUAAAGUUUAGUAUUGUGUGUGCACGUGAAACUGUCACAUGCGCAUAUGAAACUUUUGCGUGCGUGUGUGAAACUAUCGGGUUUAGUUUCGCGUACGCACGUGAAAAUAUUGCGUGCUCACGUGAAACUUUCGCGCGUGCGCGCAAAAUUAUUGGGUUAGUUUCGCGUGCGCAUGUGAAACUAUCGCGUGAAACUAUCGCACAAAAAUUCUGCACAUGAAGGUUUCGCGUGAGCACAUGUAACUAAACUUUAGAUUUUUUUACUCCAAUGUCACCUUAGGGGCUUGGUAGGUUUUUGCCAGUCAAUAACUUACUAUAUAAGUGAAUAGUUUACUUAAAUUAUAAAAAUAAAUUAAAAAUUGUUUAACUUAAUUUUUUAAGUAUCAUAAAAAUAUAUGCUGAUUGGACAAAAAUGCUGCAUUUUUUUUUAACUAAUAGGAACUCUUUGGGUGCAAAGCUGUACUAUUUAAAAGGGUACAGUCCCAGUGAGAGCUGGGGAACAUAUUUCGACAAAAAAUCUGAUGUUCAUGACUGUACACACACAUUUAACCAAUCAAAUAAUUAAUAAAUAAAUAAUAAAGUGUUUAAAAAAACUAUUAGAUAACAUAUAUUUGAAAUACAAAAUGUAUGUCCUGUAUGUUCGGAAACACAUGUUUGCAAAUAAAAAUGUUUGA